AUGUCUCUGCUGCACUAUUGGGAGACCCAGCGCUCCGUCAAGCGCAGGAGGACAUCUGGAAAGGCCGCUGAUCUCGAGAGCCCGCCGAGCGAGAAGCGGCCGCCGAGCCCGAGUCUCUCCACAGGCGUGGCAGAUGCCUCCGUGGCCGACGAGCCAAACGACUAUAUCCCAAGCAGUCAGACAGAAUUGGAGACUUCACUUCCUGUAUUUCAGGACGAUGAGCACGCAAUCGAGGAGUACGAGGGUCUUCAAUCCGAGAAGGACGAUGAGUCUCAACCCGGACUGCAUGUGCGGUUGCGAGAUGGCGUGUGGCAGAAGGGAAAGAGCUCAAUUUAUGUGGAUGCAUUCAAUCUGGCACUGGAAACAGUGCUGGAUGAAGAGUCCCAUUUGUUCAAUGAGUCAGAAAUGGAGGUGUUUAAUGAGUGGAAGGGCCUAUCCUACGAAUCGCAAUACCUAUAUGUACGACUCUUCCUGCGCAAAACCUCCGCAUGGCAUCGUAUCAAUCGAUUGGGUUAUUAUUCGGAUAUCUCCGAUUUGUCUGCGGUAGCCACAGAUCUCCAGCGGGAUCGUAUCUUGCCCAAAAAUGAGGACAAAGAUAUAGACGGGAAUACCUUUAGGUUCGCCGAUGGAACACAAGCAAUUACCACUCUAGAAGAAGCAUCGUCUCUCCUGUUACUCGACGAACUGAAGGGGUUUGCCAAGGAAGCCAGGGCCCAGGGAAAGAACAAGAAAGAGCUGCUGACGGCUCUGUGCGAGACCAGUCAGACCCAAUCCGGUCUCGGGUUCAAGGAUGAUCCAUACAUGAACCAACACGGUAAUAGAGAUGGCCACUUUCUGCAGAAAAUUUUGGAUUACACGGGCGAGUGCAUUCGACUCACGCCUGGGCCCCGCGGUCUGUUUGAGCGUGUGCAUUUGGUCUUUUAUCGGUCGACAGAGUGGACAGAGAAGUCAUUGACGACCAUCAUUCUCGCCAAGAUCUCGCGGAGAAACUUUCCAGAGUACAUCGUCUGCCGAUCAAAUUCCAUUUUCUCCUCCAGGACAACACUUUUGGAAUUUGAGUCCGCCAUCCGGACGCAGUUUGACAUCGACAGAAUCUUGGAAUUUAACGGUCCCCCAACCACAGAGUCAUUGCAGCAGAUCAUAGACCUGGCUGACAAGUUCCACCCUCGGUGGCAAGAGCUCGUCAAAGAAGAGCAACGGAAAGAAGACUCGAUCUACGAAAGUGGCGAGGGCGCAUAUCUGCGCCGUUUCUCUCCUGCCUGGGUGUAUACGAGAAUCCUUCAUAAAAGCCUUCAGCCACUUGGCCGCUUCAAAGAGCACAAGCGCGAACAUGAAGUGCUCACCGAACUUCUCGCUCAGCGCCUCUUCCAUGCCGCCCGCCGUGGUGCCUGGUACCAGCGCAGAGCCUUGCUAGAGGAACACUACAUGUGGGCACUCACGGCCACCGAGGGCCGCAAUGAAGAAAAGCAACGCAAGUUCUGGAAACGAGUUGCGCUGCGGACAUGCGAGGAAGGGCUCGAGGACCCUCUUUGCCAUCUGAUAUAUCAUUAUGAUCUCCAGAAACGAAUCACCAAGCUUGAGAAGGCACUUAGAGUGGUUAAGAGAGAGCAGCAUGAUUUUGGACAUAUAAUGCUGAGCAAACCCGCUGAGCGGACUGUUGAGGGAAUACGCAUCGAGAUCGAUGAGGAGCCGAAGAAGGGGAGGGCUACGGUCUGGAUUGAUGAAAGGGAGGGCGGGGAGUGCCGGGUGGAGAGUAUGUGUUUGAGUUGGUAUCGGGAUCAUGGGUGGAAGGGAUUUCAUUCGGAGGGAGGCAUUGUUCGAACAUUGUUCGGCUUCCUCUUCUACGAUAUCCUGUUCACUUAUGUCCCAAACGUCUUCCAGACCGCGUUCCAGACCUGUCCCCUAGACCUUCACACAGACGUGUUCUACCCCUCGCGCGCCUCGGAAAUCAACCACCGGCUUGUGGAAAUUACCAACGGUGACGCUGAGCGCAUCAUUCGCGAGAUCCAUGAACGCGAAUCGGCUGCCCAACCCUGUGCCAUCGGCAUUGACUGGUCCUUUGAGUUAGACGAUCUUGUUGAAAUCGUGCAAUGCUUCCGGGGAGAAGCACUGGCGACCAUCUGCAAGGUCAUGGCACAAGAGUACCAGCAGCGCGGUGGCGGAAUUCCUGAUCUCUUUCUAUGGAAUGCCGAAAAGCGGACCGUUAUGUUCGCAGAGGUCAAGUCGGAGAACGAUCGCUUGAGUGAUACGCAACGACUGUGGAUUCAUAUCCUUCUUGGAGCCGGCGUCCAGGUCGAGUUGUGCAAUGCAGUCGCACGGGAGGUGAGGACUGAGUGA